UCUAUUCGCUCCAGAUAUUUUUUUUCGCUUCGUUUUAAUUUUGGUGGGGGCCUAGAAGUGGGCCCGCCCCUACCAAUUGCGUUGUUCCGGGUUUCUUUUAUAUACCGCAGCGGUUGCCUCCAUUUUUCCCUCUUCAAACCAAUCCCCAGUUUCGUAUUCACACUAAUCUGUAAUUUUCCCCAAAUUAACUAAACAGAGGAGAUUCUGUGAAAUGGGAGAGAAGGAUGGAGGGAAGAAGGUAGCGGCUCCGGAGAAGAAGGCGGCGGUAGGCGGAGGAAAGAAGGAGGAAGCCGGGCCGAUUGAGGUUGUGUUGAAGCUUGACUUGCAUUGCGAAGGUUGCGCGAAAAAGGUCAAACGAGCCGUUAGCCAUUUCGAAGGUGUUGAGAAAGUGAAGACUGACUGUGAGGCUAAGAAGUUGACCGUCUCCGGCAAUGUUGACCCGUCAGCACUGCGCGAGAGGGUUGAGUACAAGACCAAAAAGAAGGUUGAGCUAAUCUCUCCUCAGCCAAAAAAGCCCGCCGCUGCUGAUAAGAAGGCCGAUGAGAAGAAGGCAGAGCAGAAGAAAGGAGAUGAAAAGAAACCUAAAGAUCUUGCGGUUAGUACAGUGGUGAUGAAAGUCCGGCUGCACUGCGACGGGUGCGCGCAUAAGAUGAAGCGAGUCAUAACGAAGCACAUUGAUGGGGUGCACUCGGUAAAAACCGACCUAGCAAAGGACCUAGUCACAGUAACUGGGACAAUGAACGAGAAGGAACUCACAUCAUACUUGAAAGAAAAACUCAAUCGAGGUGUAGAAAUCGUUCCUCCUGCAAAGAAAGACGACGCUAGUGGUGACAAGAAAGAAAAAGAAGCCGGAGGAGACAAAAAGGAGGGCGGCAGCGACAAGAAGGGAGCAGAGUCGAAGGGAGGGGACGAAAGCAAAGGCACUAAGGUAGAAGUGAACAAGAUGGAGUAUCGUGGUUCGAAUCUACAAACGCACUACGCCAUGCCUAUCUACAACCAAAAUUAUUACAAUCAAGAUUAUGGCCUCCCAGUUAACAACUAUCAUGGUUACCCACCUAGCCAGGGCCACGUCGUGCAAUAUGCUCAGGGACCUCCACCUCCACCGCCAACGUACAUGAACGAUAAAAUGUUUAGCGACGAAAAUCCGAAUGGAUGCUCCCUGAUGUGAACGUGAAGAUUCGGAUUUUUUAGAUGUAUAUAAGAGUUUAAAAAAAUAUACGAAUGGGAAAUACAUGAUAAUGUAUAUAGGAUAGCAAAUUAAUUAGAAAAAAAUACUUACGGUGUAGUAGAUGAAUGCAGACCCGGGCGGUUGCCGGUGUUUGUGAGGUUGAUUUAUUGUUUAAAUGUUGCUAUCGAUUUGUUGUUAGUUAAUAAAAUAAACUCAAAUUUUGCUUCGCUAA